AUGAGUGAACCGCAGAGGACAUCCAGUAAAGGCCACACCCGGAACAAGUCAUCAACAAAGACCCGACCACGAUCCUCCACAAAGGGACCCUUGGACGUAGACGACACCCCUCUGUCAUCACCAAAGUCGCCAGCCCAACGCAGCCCGAGCACGGGACAGCCCCGACGACCAGACCCGCUGUCAUUGAGGUCGCGGACGAGCUCUCCCGCUGUUACCGCAGCAAGCGAGAGGCGCUCAGGUGCUGGUGGUGCCAAGGACUUUUCCUUCCUGAUCAAGCCAGAGAUCUACCACCCCCUAACACCGCUCAACGUGCCUCUCGCCUUUCGCAACUCACCCAAGCAGCCCGAUCCGGACACACCGCUGGAUGAGCUGAUUUCCCGCGGCCAUUUCCGCGCCGCGGCCAUCGCCGCCGUCCAGGAGCUCACAGGCUCCAAGGGCCAGGUGGACCCGCGUGACCACGCGCGCAUCUUCUCCCUCCUGUACACACGCCUGGCUUGCCUCACUCUUAUCGACGCCACGUCCCUGGCCGCCCAGGAGGUCAAGGCCCUCGAGGACCCGAGCAAUGCGCGGCUUUACGUCGACGAGUCUACGGGGGAGCAUCUCAUCCCCUGGGACCUACGCGUGCUCAUCGUCCGGCUGCAGGCCCUGGGGUUCAACGAUGCGCGUAGGGCCGUCAUGAGCUACCACGACCUCGGGAGGGAGGCACGCAUCCGUAUCUCGCGAGCUGCGGCCGACCACGACAGUACGGCGCGCGAGCUGUGGAAGGCCAGGCUGCACGAUCUGGGAAUCAAGGUCGCCGGUGCGCUCAUCGAGAUGGACGACGUCUCGGGUGCGGCGAGCCAUUUGGCCAACCUGCGCGAUAAGGGCGACGGUACUCUGAGUUUAUCAAAGGCUUUGCUGUGGAUCCAUCUGGGAGACGUGGACAGGGCAAGGAGCCUAUGUGCCAGUGCAGGGGGUGGAAGUAUACCUGACAGAGUCAUAUCUGCUCUGUGUGAUAUGGCUGAUGCCUCGUAUGAGGCUGCUGCCGAGACGUGGCAGGGGCUCAGGAAGGAUGUGCCGGACGAUGAAAUGGUGGGCAUCAAUGCCGCCGUCUGUCUUUUAUACCUGGGAAAGAUUCAAGAGGGCCGGGAUAUUCUAGAAGAACUCGUUGAGUCUGGGGCAUCGUCGCACACACUCCUGUUCAACCUGUCCACCAUGUACGAGCUCUGCACUGAGAGAAAUCGCGGUCUCAAGAUGAGGUUGGCGGAGCAGGUGUCACGGAUGGAUGAGUCAUCGCGGGGCUGGGAGAAGACGACGUCAGACUUCAAGCUUUUGCCCAAUACGUUUCCUACAAAGACGGACCGCGGCAUGAUCCCCUCCUCGGAGCCUACCAUGUCAGACCGUGUGUCCCAAAUCGCCGGCCACCUCAACUACCCCAAGGGUCUACUAGACGGCCAAGUAGCCAUCAUAACGGGCAGCGGGCAAGGUAUCGGGGCAGAAGCCGCGAGACUAUUUGCCAAUGAGGGGGCAAAGGUAGUUGUAGCCGACAUUGACGCCAACAAAGGUAAUGUGGUAGCCGAGAGCAUCAACAAGAGUGGCGGGCAGGCCAUCUCGGUCCCCGGAAACGUCUUAGACGACAGCUACUUAGCUACGCUGGUGUCUCGCGCGGCGGACUUUGGCCAGGGCCACAUCCACAUCAUCGUAAACAAUGCGGGCUACACGUGGGACGGGGUGAUCCACAAGAUGACGGACAAGCAGUGGGACAAUAUUGUGGCCCUGCACUGCACGGCGCCCUUCAAGCUGGUGCGCGCGGCGUCGGCCUAUUUCCGCGUCAGGGACGGCGCGCCCCGCAGCAUAGUCAACAUCUCGUCCACGUCGGGCAUACACGGCAACGCCGGCCAGAUCAACUACUCGCUCGCCAAGGCCGGGGUGACGGGCCUCACCAAGACCAUCGCUAAGGAGUGGGGCCCCGCCUUCGGGGUGCGCUGCAACGCUGUCGCCUUCGGGCACAUCCUCACCAGGCUGACGGCCGACAAGGAGGACGGGGCCUUCGUCGCCGGCCCCGACGGCGAGAAGAUCGCCCUGGGUAUCCCGGCCAAGCAGAAGAGCGGCGAGGUGGGGGAUCGCGCCGCUGCGUAUGGGGACAUUCCACUGCGCAGGGCGGGCUCGGCGACAGAGGCGGCCAGCAGUAUUCUUGCUGUGGCGAGUCCACUGUUCUCAUACGUCACUGGACAGACCAUCAUGGUGACAGGUGGGAGGAAUAUGUGA